GCUCUUCCUGCCGUCCUUUCUAACCCGUAAACAGACAUCCAUUUGCGAAAAGCUACUUUUGCCAGAAGCUAAGCCCCAAAGAGCGAGCGAGAACUCGAGCUCUUGUUCUUCCGCAUUGACUAACCGGUCCCUUUGUCUCUUUUCAGUGCCCUUCAGCGUCAGGAAUCUGGUCGUCCGAGAGAUCGCCUCGGCCCCUGGACAGCCCAGCCGCGACGUUAGCGACGCAGCCGGUCCCUCGUCUGCUGGCAGGCCGCAGUCGAGGGGCCGGCGUCAGCCGGACCCAGUCGGCGCCUCGGGCGGUGAACCGACCGGCCUGACGGGACUCGAGCUGGCCUGGUCCGUGCCGAGCCGCGAGGCGUCGGCGUCGCAUCACAACGAGAUUGGCUCGCCAUUCUGGAUCGAGGAAUACCAAGUGGUGAUCCUGUCGCAGGAGGCCAACAGACCGGCC